AUGUCCGUUCCAAAGUUUAACGAUUUAUCAUUCUAUUCCAAUCCAAAAGCUCACAACUCCAGGUAUGCUGACUUAGUGGCUUCUUUCAUGGCUAACUUUCCCAAUGAUGAGAUUGAGUUUUUUGCUAGAUCCCCGGGUAGAGUCAAUUUGAUUGGUGACCACAUCGAUUACAACUACUUCCCGGUGUUACCUAUGGCUAUUGAGGUUGAUGUCGUAGCUGCUGUCUCAACGAAUGAAAAGGGAGUCAUUGCUAUUUCAAAUACUGAUGCUGCUAAAUUCCCCAAGGAGACAGUAGCCAUAGGAAAAGAUUCUGGUUUUGCUAUUGAUAAGGAACAUCAUACUUGGGCAAACUAUUUCAAAUGUGGUUUAAUAGUGGCAGCUAAGUUCUUGGAAGAGAGGUCAGGUGAGGGCAAACACAAAUUAAAAGGAAUGAAUAUUACUUUUAGUGGAACUGUGCCUACUGGUGGUGGGUUAUCUUCAUCUGCUGCAUUCUGUGUUGCUUCAACCUUGGCUGUAUUGUAUGCAAAUGGUAUUGAGAAUAUUAGUAAAGCCGACUUGACUAGAAUCACAGUCGUUUCUGAGCAUUAUCUUGGUCUCAACAAUGGUGGAAUGGAUCAAUGUGCAUCGGUUUAUGGUGAGCAAGGUAAAGCUUUGUUUAUUCAAUUUAAACCACAGUUGAAGGGGACGCCAUUCGAAUUUCCAGCCAAGAACUUGACAUUUGUUAUUACCAAUAGUUUACAAGUUUCGAACAAGUAUGAGACUGCUCCAAUUCAUUACAAUUUGCGAGUGGUGGAAAUGGCAAUUGCUGGUGAUUUAUUGGCUAAAAAAUUAGGUGUUGAAGGUAAGCCUGGUAUUGCUAAGGAUUCGAAUGUUGAUACAUACUCUCUUCGUGGAGUAAUGGAUGGGUAUUGUGGAGAAUGGGAUGGAGAAAAUUUAGAAAAGGGGAUUGCCAAUAUGUCAAAGAUGAUUGAUGUUGUUGAAAAAAUCUUAUCCGAAAAGAAAGGUUACACUGUGAAGCAAUGUUGUCAAGAGUUAGGCAUCACUCCUAAGGAUUUCCAUUCAAGAUACCUCAAAAAGAUCCCUGUUAAGUUUGAUGUGUUAAAGUUGUAUCAACGUUCGCUUCAUGUUUACCGUGAGAGUUUACGAGUAUUACAAACCCUUCAAUUGUUAUCAACACCAAUUGAUGACGACGCCAAGUUUUUCCAAACUUUUGGUUCCCUCAUGAAUGAAUCUCAACACGAUCUUGAUGUGUUGAAUGAAUCUUCCAAUGCUAAGCUUAAUGAAGUUUGCUCCAUUGCAUUGAAGAAUGGUGCAUACGGCUCAAGAGUCACUGGUGCUGGUUGGGGUGGGUCAAUUGUACAUUUGACUUCAACAGAGAAUUUGCAAAAGUUGACAAACAGUUUAAUUGACGCGUAUUACAAGCGUGAAUUUCCUGGAAUUAAGGAAGAGGAAAUUCAAGAGGCUGUAAUUGAUAGUAAACCGGCCACAGGAAGUUGCUUAGUGUCCGCUGAUAUCGUAAACAAGCUUGUAUGA